AUGUAUGUGUCUGCCCCGCGGUACUGCGAACAGUCGGGGUGUUCGUGGCGCGACGUGGGCAAGGUGUACCCCGACCACUUCUUUUUUGUUGGCACUUACUCCUCCACCUUCACGGGCGGCGGUGGCAGUGCCAGCCUCAGCCGCCGCCGCCGCCGCCGCCGCCCCCGCUCGCCGUCGACGCCGCUGGAAGACGACGACCUCCUCUCCGAGAUCCUGCUCCGCCUCCCGCCGCAGCCCUCCUCCCUCCCGCGCGCCUCCCUCGUCUGCAAGCGCUGGCACGGCCUCGCCUCCGACCCCGGCUUCUUCCGCCGCUUCCGCAUCCGCCACCGCCGCAAACCUCCCCUCCUCGGCUUCUUCGACGGGCAUUCCGAUUCCUUCAUACCUACUCUGGACGCGCCCAAUCGUGUCCCGCCCGGCCGCUUCUCCUUGCCGCGCGACGACGGCCGCCGCUUCCGGUUCCUUGGAUGCCGCCAUGGCCUCGUACUGUUCUUCGACCUGACGCGGCUCCAUUUCCUUGUGUGGGACCCCGUCGUCGGCGACCAGCACCGCCUUGCCAUUCCCCCGGGCAUCGUGACGCGUCCGGAGAAGAUAGUGUUCAACGGAGCAGUGUUUCGCGCCGGUGGAGACGCAGACGACCACUUCCAGCUGGUCUUGACGACUGCAGACGACGACGACAAACAACACAGGCGAGCGCUCGCCUGUGUUUACUCGUCGCAUACCGGCUUGUGGGGUAAUCUCAUCUCAACGCAGCUUCCAUCCGAGGUUUCUGGCAGUGACGAUCCCAUCGAUAUUGGUGAUUUCCCCUCCUUGGUUUGUACCGGUAAACCUGAUGUGCUUGCUGGGAAUUCCAUCUACUGGAUGCUCACUGGGAAUUUCGUUGGAGUUCUAGAGUUUGAUUUGGGAAAGCAAAGCCUAGCUGUGAUACGGGUGCCAGCGCAUAUGCUUGAACAUGGCCAAUUCUGGAUUGUGCGGGCACAGGGGGGUGGCCUUGGUCUACUCUUCCUCACGGACAGCAACCUCCAAUCGUGGAAUUGGAGGAUUGAUUGUGAUGGUGUUGCUUCAUGGGCACUUGCAACAACUAUUCAACUGAAUAAGCUACUUUCCCUAGAUACAAAUACCAAGAUAGUACUAGGUUUUGCUGAGGAAAACAACGUAGUGUUCCUGUGGGCACUUGGCGUUGUCUUUAUGGUACAUCUUGAGUCACUGCAGUUCAAGAAACUACUUGAAACCAACACCCCUUCUCAUUAUCAUCCAUUCGAAACUGUCUACACUGCAGGUAACAGCAUGCCUUCACAUAUCAUUUACAACAGAACCAAGUUAAUUUAUGUUAAUUGCUUGAUGGAAUACAGUUCACAUCCUCCCGUGCUAAGUUAACAAUUUUAAGUAGUGUCGCAUCACUUGUUUCGUAGCUGUUUGAUGGCCUCUUCGACAUAUAGUGGUUUUGUUUCUGUGGUAUUUCUAUCUCGAUAAUGAUUAUGAUUUAGAAAAAAGUAUGUUAGUGGUAUCUAAUUUAUUUUAUGCUCGCUAGCCAGGCGGUGGCUCCAAUUGGUAUACUGUAAGCUUCAAAACAGAUCUAGCAAACUGUCUUUAUAAGUUUAUUACAUGAAUAUGAAUAUAAUAAAACUAUUAACACCAAGAUUAACAAACUCUUUCUCUAAUAUUGAACUUCAUUUCUGUCUUGCAUGCCUAUUCACAUAUGCAAGAAUCAAAGCAUUUUUUAAUGGUAGUUCUACUUCUAGUGCAUAGCUGCGCUGGAGUUUUUUUUUCAUGAGAUCAGAUACAUAACAUUUGGAAGUUGAAGACAGUUGCAAGAAAAACUGUCUUGAACCAACUGAACUGUCAAAUAGGUGGCUCAAUAGGUGUUUGGAAGCUUUAAUCUAUUAUUAUUUCAUUCAGUAUUUACUGUCUCUUGUUGCUUAUAAUAUUAUAACCGUAAUGAUGAAUUUCUUUGAGUUUAUGAAUAAUUGCUCAUUUUACUACUUUACGAGAGUCCUACUGCAAGUGGAAAGUCCAUUUGUACCUGGGCAAACUAAUAGUGUUCAUUUCAGUUUUCAUGCUAAAUCUGUUUGAACUUUGAAGAUAAUCUAAAUCAGAAUACUGAGGGUACGUUUGGUUUUGAGCCAAUGAUGGACUUACCAAAAAAUUGGCAAGCCCAUAGUCUAGGGCUCCUGCUUGGCCGGCUAUCAAUAUUUUGGCUAGCCCAGGCCAGAAUGUGUGGUACAGUACACUUUUCAGCAAAUUCGUGGGCGAGUUGAGGGUGGCCGAUUUGUCCGCCAAAAAAUUGUUUGCGCCCGCGAAUUGGUAGGGCAAGACGGGGCCUGAAACAAACGUACCCUAACGAUAACAUUUGUGCUACAAUUUUUUAGUAUGAUUGUAAUUUUUGUUUUGGUAUGUUGUGGAACGAGCUUAUAAUUCUGGAUAAGUUGUCUCUUACCGAGCAGCUAAGUGUCUAAGU